GAGGAGCGGCAACGGCGGGGCCGUGCCCGCCCGCGAGGCGGAGCCCGCGGACCUGCACACCUCCUGCGGCCUCGCAGAGGACGACAUGUUCUACGUCCUUCCGGAGGUGUACCGCGUGUCCCACGUGCACAGCCCGGAGGAGUGCUGCAGGCGAGAACCUCCUGGCAAAUUGACGCGGAAGUGCCAGACGUUCCCCCACGGCACCUGCCUGGCCUGGACGUGGGGCCGGGACUGCGCGGGCGACUGCAACCGCACUUGCGUCCUCAAAGGGGCUCCGAACUACGUGGACGAUCACAUCGCCAAGGUUAAGCAGCGGGGCGUGGUGUCCUCGCACUUCCAGCCGAAGCCCGGCGAGGUGCCCUUGCUCGCGCUGAAGGCCUGGCCGGACACCCUCUUCUGCUUCGUCCUCGUCCGCCCCGAGGGUCCGGAGGGCGACCUGCUCAGGUUGCAGCACGAGCGGGGCUGGGGCAUCUUCGACUGCGAAGACCGCUCGUUCUACAGCAGCAAGACUUUCCAGAUCGUUCCUGGGGUGAAGACCUCUAAGGUCGACAGCGAUCUGCACUGCGAGAAAGGCGGCGAGUUCGGCACGGCCCUGAAUUCAUGGAUUUUCAUCGCGGUGUGGAAACAGGUGGCGGCCGAGGGCACCUUCCGGCAGCACGACUGGACGGUGAAGGUGGACCCCGACGCCGUGUGGUUCCCGAAGCGCCUGCGCAUCCGUCUGCAGGAGCACCGCGAGACCCGCAACGGCGUGUACCUGAACAACUGCCCGUACGGGCUGCACGGCCCGCUGGAGGUACUGUCCAAGAAGGCGGCGAGCGCCUACGUGGCCGACCUGCAGAAGGGCGACGCGGCGACCUGCGUGCAGCAGCAGGAGUUCGGGGGCUGGGGCGAGGACAUGUUCAUGGACCAGUGCCUCCUGAGGCACCUGGGCGUGGAGCGCGACAACGACUUCCAGCUGUUGUGCGAGGACCACUGCGACUGCCCUGCGUGGAGCGACUGCUCGGAUGGCAGCAGAGUCGCCUUCCAUCCCUUCAAGAGCGAGGAGGACUUCAGGCGAUGUGUGGCAAACGCUGAGAAGGGGCACCCGACGCCCCCGUAAUUCGGGCACCCAUCGGCGCGUGAGGCCCGUCGGAGCGCGCGCGCGCGCAGCGCGCGGCGCGCGGCGCCGCGGCGGUGCCACCCCUGGACGUGCGCACGAGGCUCGGCCGCUGCCGUCGCUGUGGCGACCGCCGGCAGCCGCGCGCCCAGAAACAGCUGGCCGUCGGCGUGGCGACCCGGAGCUCCGGCGGCUCGAGCGGACCAGGCUCGCAGGCCCAGAG